AUGGAGUUCGGUGCGCGCUUCGGCACCACCAGCUGCGAGAUCGCCCGCAAGCUCAACAACAGCGGCAACGUGGUGGUCGUGGAGCCCGACCUGAACGUGUGGGACGUCCUCGAGGCGAACCUGAAGUCGCACGAGUGCAACGCCCACUUGCUCCGUGGCGCGGUGAGCUCGGUGGACCUGCACAUGGCGGCCAAGCUGAACGUGAAGCGCGGCUACUCCAACAGAGCGCUGCAGAAGGGUGGCGUUGUGGUGCCCGGCUACCACCUCCACGAGGUGGAGUCUGCCCUCGGCAAGAAGGUUGACACUUUGCUGAUCGAUUGCGAGGGUUGCGCCCAGGACAUGAUGGACCAGCUGGGCCCCGUCAUCGAGAGCGGGCAGAUCAAACUGCUGCUCAUCGAAGGCGACAUGCCGGUGGGGGCCAAGGACUGCCAUUCUCACUGCAUGGACUACAAGAAGUUCUUCGCCUACCUAGAAAAGCACGGCUUCGAGCAGGUCGACAAGUUCAACGACUGCGACAUUGAGCGCACUGGCGCACCGAAGGGCAAGUGGUGCGGCAAGUGGAUUGACCAUUUCGCCUUCAAGCGCAAGUGA